GCUGAAAUGUCAUUGCGGGAAUGCUGCAGCAGUUUAUAGGUCGAUGACGACAAGGAACCCAGGGCGACGGUGGCUCCAAUGCGAUGGCACGCGUGGUUACACUUGCUCGCUGUGGAUAUGGGAAGACAACCUGAAUGAGUAUGUUGAGGAGUGUGUUGCUUACUGUGAAGCCGGCCAAUUCGAUUAUUUGCAUGAGUCACGCACAAGCUUGCGCCAGUUGGUAGCAGAACAAAAGGGGCAUAUGGCUAGGUUGUCAGGACUGCUAGAUGGGAAACAAUUGGAGCUGGAAACAUGUUUUGAUGCUAUGAAGCAAUCAAAUGCAGAGGUUGCAGAGUUAAAGAAAAAUCUGGAGUGUGAGAAGGCUUGGAGUAGAAAAUUGUACAUGUUGAUAUGUUGUAUUUUAUUGUAUUUUAUUUCUUGCUGUAGUUGCAGGGAUGAAGUAGGUAAUUAGUGAUCUCCCCGAAAAAUGGGUAAUUUAAAAGUGUGUAAAAUCUGAUGGUAGAUAUGUAAUGGGAUGCGCCAGUUGCUUUAUGUGGAGUAAUUGAUGUGAA